AUGUCUUUAGGAUACGGCUAUGAUGCAGAACUCUGGCAAUUCUCGCAACAGGUCUAUCCCGACCUCCCUCCAAUCGAAGCGUACCUCGCAUUUCACCGCGACUACGUGGCACCAAUGGUACGACCAGUCAUCAAUGGCACGCUUACCCUAGCUGAGAUUGUUGCUCUUUUUCGAAAACCUACCUCACCAAUCGCCAGAAUCCACGGACUCCGCCUAGCUGGGCUGGUGGCGGAGCGGCUUUAUGACCACAUCAAACGUCUUUUUAGAACUCCGCAGGCAACGGUCAGCAAUAUCACGGCAGGCGAGAAAGAAAUCUCAGCUCUGCUGACAGCAGGAAUCUGGAAACAAUAUAAAGCGGGCACCCUGAGUCAAUUGGACCCAUUUCCUGAUGGCGUUGACAUGGCGGCUGCAGGUGCCAGCGUUUCCAGUGAAAACGUGAAGAAGGUUCCGAAGGACAUCACGGACUAUGCUGCGUCGGGAGCUUUUGCCGGCUCUGGCCGAACGGAGUCACUCCUCGAUCGCAUCAACUACUUGGAAUGCUGGAAUACAGCAUUGCGAAUGAUUCAGACUCUUCAGGCACAGCAUAUGAUCAAAUCUCUGAAAGUCAUCGCCGACCAUCUCGGGGACAGGAAUUGCAUCGCCGUGAUGGGCGCAGGUGGUCCCGAUGGCUUUGCCCGACCUAUAUACGACUUGAUAAAAAUGAAGAUAAGUGAUAUCGAUAGGGCAGGCCUCAAGAAUCAUCGCUUCUUCGUCUACCAUGACUCCAACUAUUGGCACCCUGCAUUCAAGAGGCUGACAAGCGAGAAUCCACUGCCGUCGGAAUUUGUCAACAACCCCUGCGAUGACCUCGACCAUGCGUGCCUGUUCAUGCGUGAAGUUAGACAGAAGCUACUUGCAAAAGAUGAAAAUCAAGGAAAGGACAUCAAAUUCCACCUACUCAUCCCGACAUGGUCCAAGCUCCAGAUCAAGGAGCCGCUGCAUUUUCCUGAAGACCUCUACCCUCUCCAAAUUGAGGGGCUCAAACAUGGUGGCAAAGAUCAAGUCGAGUUGAAUCUCCCAGCCGCACCCGCUGGACUUCUUCAUGGGGUCACGAAUACUCUUGACCCUAACAACUGGAACAAAAUUGCAAGGGGGACCAGUGAAGCCGUCACAUUGCCAGCCGUAGGCUGGGGGGUAAACGGCGCAUGUCUUGCUACAAGCCUCUGUGUCGGUAGCCUCACACCCCUGGGGCCGCUUCUAGCUAUACCGCUAUGGAUAGUAUCCGCGCGGACGGCUAUGGAAAAGUCGGCGCCGGUCAUCUACGAGACCAUUCAUGAAGCGCUAUGUGAAGAGGACCCUAGGGUGCUAGGGUCCAAGGAGCGCUUGCACAUGCCGCUGCGACAUGGCUAUUGA